AUGUACAUGAACCGUUUGCUACUCGCGUUAGCCGUGGUGCUAUUCUCGGUCCUCGUCCUCGCAGCAGAAGAUUAUUACAAGGUGCUCGGGCUAGACAAGUCCGCUUCCGAAAAAGAUAUCAAGCGCGCAUACCGCACACUCAGCAAGAAAUACCAUCCCGAUAAGAACCCGAACGACGAAUCAGCACGCGAGAGAUUCGUCGAAAUCGCAGACGCAUACGAUGUCCUCUCCACCAGCUCGCUCCGCAAAAUCUACGACCAAUACGGCCACGACGGCGUCGAACAGCACCGCAAAGGCGGCCAAGCCGGCGGCCGAGGCAACGAUCCCUUCGAUCUCUUCUCGCGGUUCUUCGGCGGCGGUGGACAUUUCGGCCAUGCGCCCGGACACAGACGCGGACCCGACAUGGAAGUCAAAGCCGCUCUGCCGCUGCGCGACUUCUACACGGGUCGGGAAAUUUCCUUCCUGGUUGAGAAGCAGCAGAUCUGCGAUUCGUGUGAAGGGUCGGGAUCGAAGGAUGACAAGGUUGAGACGUGUGACCGGUGCAGUGGGCGGGGAAUCGUGAUUCAGAAACAUAUGCUUGCGCCUGGAAUGUUCCAGCAGGUGCAGAUGGCUUGCGAUAAGUGUGGGGGGCAGGGAAAGAAGAUUAAGAAUCCUUGUCCCGUUUGUCAAGGGAACAAGGUUGUGCGGAAGGCUGUUGAGACAACGGCUGAGAUCGAGCCGGGCAUGAAUCGGGGGACGAGGCUUGUGUUUGAGAAUGAGGCUGAUGAGAGUCCGGACUGGGUUGCUGGGGAUUUGGUUGUUAUUCUGGAUGAGAAGGAGCCUGAGCUUGGAGUGGAGGAUGCCGAGCGGACGGAUGGGACUUUCUUCAGGAGGAAGGGGAAGGAUCUAUACUGGAAGGAGACUCUUUCGUUAAGGGAGGCUUGGAUGGGUGAGUGGUCGAGGAAUGUGACGCAUCUUGACGGGCAUGUUGUUCGGCUUGGGCGCAAACGUGGUGAUGUUGUGCAGCCGUUGGCCGUGGAGACUGUUCAUGGGGAGGGUAUGCCUUCUUACUCGGAAGGCGGUUUGCAUGAUCGUGAUCUCCAAGAGGGCGAUGAUGAACCUGGGAACCUUUACGUCGAGUAUGCGGUUGUUCUGCCUGAUGAGAUGGAGGGUGGUAUGGAGAAGGAGUUCUUCUCGUUGUGGGAGAAGUGGCGCAAGAAGAUUGGUGUCGAUCUGGCUACCGAUAGCGGCCGACCGAUGCCUCCGCCGGCGGAGGAGUUGAAGGACGAGCUAUGA